AUGUCGCGGGAGGCAUUUGAUGUACCGAAUAUAGGUACUAACAAGUUUUUAAAAGUCACACCUAAUUUAUUUACCCCAGAGCGAUUGAAUUUAUUUGAUGAUGUCGAACUAUAUCUUACGUUAAUAAAAGCAUCCAAAUGUGUCGAGCAGGGAGAAAGGCUGCACAAUAUAAGUUGGAGAAUUCUGAAUAAAGCUGUUCUAAAGGAGCAUAAUAUUAAUCGAUCUAAAAAAAGAGACGGCGUGAAGAACAUAUAUUAUGUGUUAAAUCCAAACAACAAACAGCCAAUAAAGCCAAAGCAGGCAGCAGUAAAGCAGCCACCAUUACAAAAGGCCAAUUUGCCUCCCACAACGGCAAAACAGAACGUUUUAACUCGGCCAAUGACAUCACCAGCUAUCGCACAGGGUGCUCACGAUAGAUCCUUGGAUAAUCCUAAUUCUACAAACAAUGAUGUGAAAAAUGACGUUGCUCCAAACAGACAAUUCUCCAAAUCUACUACGUCAGGGUUGUUUUCAAAUUUUGCAGACAAAUAUCAAAAAAUGAAAAAUGUGAACCAUGUUGCUAAUAAGGAAGAACCACAAACUAUUAUCACUGGUUUUGAUACAAGCACUGUUAUAACCAAGAAACCUUUACAAUCAAGACGCUCAAGAUCACCUUUCCAGCAUAUAGGAGACAUGAACAUGAACUGCAUUGAUAAUGAGACUUCCAAGAGUACCAGUCCUACUCUUGAAAAUAUGGGAAGUAGAAAAUCCUCUUUUCCUCAGAAGGAAUCUUUAUUCGGAAGGCCAAGGUCUUACAAGAAUGACCAAAAUGGUCAACUGUCACUUUCGAAAACAUCCUCUAGAAAAGGAAAAAACAAGAUAUUUUUCAGCAGUGAAGAUGAAGAUUCCGAUUGGGACAGCGUUUCGAAUGAUUCAGAAUUCUACGCUGAUGAAGAUGAUGAAGAGUACGAUGAUUAUAAUGAGGAAGAAGCAGAUCAGUACUAUAGAAGACAAUGGGACAAGCUUUUAUUUGCCAAAAAUCAACAGAAUCUUGACUCAACGAAAUCAUCUGUUUCAUCAGCGAACACAAUCAACUCAAACACAUCCCAUGAUCCCGUACGAAAAAGUUUACUCAGUGGACUAUUCCUUAGUGAGGCAAAUAGCAACAGUAAUAACCACAAUACUGCACAUAGUGAAUACGCUUCUAAACACGUUUCGCCGACUCCUCAGUCCUCUCAUAGUAAUAUCGGUCCUCAACCGCAGCAAAAUCCACCGAGCGCUAAUGGUAUAAAACAACAAAAACCUUCUUUGAAAACAAGCAACGUGACAGCUCUAGCAUCGCUAUCUCCCCCGCAACCAUCCAACAAUGAGCGGUUAUCGAUGGAUAUACAAAAGGACUUCAAAACUGAUAAUGAGUCCAAUCAUUUAUAUGAAUCUAAUGCUCCGCUAACUGCUCAAACUAUACUGCCCACCGCCUUAUCUACUCACAUGUUUUUGCCAAAUAACAUUCACCAACAACGAAUGGCGAUUGCCACUGGUAGUAAUACGCGACAUCGUUUUUCGAGGCGGCAGUCGAUGGAUAUCCCAUCCAAGAACAGGAAUACUGGGUUUUUGAAGACCAGAAUGGAGAUCUCUGAGGAAGAAAAGAUGGUACGUACAAUAUCACGGCUUGACAAUACGAGUAUUGCAAACAGUAAUGGAAAUGGUAAUGAUGACACCUCUAAUCAGAGAACGGAAGCACUGGGGCGUAAGACGAGUAAUGGAGGGCGAAUAUGA